GAUAACUACGGACCACGGUAUUUACGCCUGGAGUGGAAGCAGUUCUUUCCCUUCUUUUUUUGAGCCUGUGCUAGUGGUCAGUGCUGAUGUGUCGUUGAACUGCUCACGUCUUCUCUAGUCUUGGCUAUUACAGUAUUAGUAUUACCGCCGGCAGGCACAGUGGCCAUGUCCAAGGCACAAUGAGACAGGGGCCGAUAACUGCUUCCCUCGACAGUUGUGAGUGCCAGUAGCUUGUGCGAGUUCUUCCUCAGUUCAUUGUCAAGACGCAACGCCGCGUCACAUGAAGCAAAUCCGUAGCAAACAAUGGAGGAGUCGGACGAGACAAGCGCUAGCGACGCACCCACGUCUGAAGGUUCAACCGUCACGCCCGACUCAAGCCUGGAGUUCGAAGACGAGGACUUCAUUGAGGAUUUGCUGGGCGCUAGGACCCCGUCAACCCCGUCGCUGUCGGAUAUCCACAAACCGGGUGCGGUGCCGGAAGAAGAGGACUUGGCGGAAAGAGCGCUUGCUCGAAGCAUAGACGAACUGCAGUCAGCGCAGAAGCGAGGAAAGGGAAGGUCCAGGGUUGCACGCUUUUGGCUGGACGCGGCACAAGCCGAGGACGAGAACAGUGGAGUGGACAAGCCCCCGCUCGUCGAGCUGCUGAUUGCGUCAGACCUACGGGUACUGAAAGGUCUGCUUCAGAACUGGCGGUUUGGAAAGGAGGAGUUCCGGAGUGUAAUGCACGAGGCCUUGUCGGUGCACCUGGGUGCAAAUUUCCGUGGCAAAUUCAGCCUGGAAGAGAUUGACCAGUUUUAUGACCUAGUCAAUCCAUUGUUGGAAGACACAAUAUCAUGGGAGCACAUCUGUAGCUAUGCAUUUGAGCAGCAUCUAGCAAAGGAUGAGAUCAGGGUAGUAUCUCAAAUACCGGAAUGGGGAGAAUUUACGCAGCUCAUGCCCGAAGGCCGAGAAAGGGUAGCUGCCAUAGUGCUGCACUGCGGCGGACAAAGACGACCACACUAUAUGAUAGUCUCAAGGCCGGGUGUGAUCACACGGCUUGAUGCUAACUUUCGAGUUCAACAAACCAAGCAGGUAGAGGAGCUGCUGCUGCCAAGAAAGACAAUAUGGGUCCACGAUGCAGUUAUAAUGGGCACACUGCAGAAGAUGGCUGUGGCUCUCAGCACCAAAUGUGUAUUGAUAUACGACAUAGAAAGGGAUGCCUUGUCAAAAUCAGGCAGGCAUCGUGUGCUCGGCUUUCCAUUGAUCCACCGAAUCAGCGGCUUCACGGAUAACGUCCUUACCAAGCUCUUCUUCUGGCAAGACGAGGAACAUGCCAAGAAAUGCAAGCUGAUCGUGUGUGAUGAUGGAGGGUUGGUGAGUGUGUUCCACUUCUACAAUGCCUUCAACACUUUGCUCCUGACGGAUACCGAGAAGUGGAGACAAAACAUUGGUGCUGAUCAGCGCACAGAUGAAGUCAAUGUACUUCUUUGUAAUGGCAAGUUUGAGAAGUCUUGCGUCGACGCGAAGUUCAACCAGUUCCAACCACAUGCUGAGCCUGCCAGGCAUGUUCUGUACCUGCCGUCCGUGAAGGCCUAUAUCACAUGCCACCCCAUUACCAAGGGUUCUAUUGUCAUAACCUACGCCAGGAGCAGAAGAAGGCAAGUACCUUUGGCUUCUCGGUCGUGUGUUCCUCCAUCUGGUGGGCUUUUGUAACUUGUAGACAGUUGAUGAGCAUUUCACCAAACUUGGAUUGUU